AUGUUAAGGGUACAUCCAGCUAUCCUUCGAGCUAUCCAGAAGCAUGAACCGGGGGUCACCACCCAGAACAAGCCAUCCUACGUCCAGUCAUCGAGCGGCAAGGCCUAUCUCACCAAGAUCGGGUCGUUAUCCGAGACAGAGCAGUUCGCGGCCGAAGCUGAAGCACUAAAGGCCAUCCAGAUUGCGGCACCAAAACUUGCACCGCUGCUCAUAGACUCGGGAGUUAUAGAUUCGGAGACAGCUGAGCGCGACUCCGAGGUGGGAAGGCCGUAUUUCGUGUCGGAGUACAAAAACAUGAGGUCUUUGACCGAUGCAGCAGCCAAGAAGCUGGCAAAGAGAUUGGCGACAGAGAUGCACGCCUAUCAGAGCACCCAAGGGUUUGGAUUCGCAGUGCCAACGUUCUGCGGAAGGACGAAGCAGGAUAACGGCUGGUACGCUUCAUGGCAUGAGUGCUAUGACGCGUUGAUCGGCGGACUGCUUAACAAGCUGAAGGACGAGGGUGGGUACGAAGAGCUGUGUCGCAAGGGAGAACAAAUACGAGAAAGGGUUAUACCUGCCCUCCUGAACUCGCUCGUCAUUCAACCAGUGCUGCUGCACGGCGAUCUGUGGAGUGGUAAUACGGGCACGGACGAAGAUACUGGAGAGCCCGUCAUCUUCGAUCCCUCAUCGUACUUCGGUCACAAUGAGGCUGACUUAGCCAUUGCUCGCAUAUUUGGUGGCAUCCCGAAAUCCUUCUUCACUACCUAUCAUGAAUAUCUCCCCAAAACUGAGCCUGCCGAUCAGUACGAAUUACGAGGCGACCUGUAUGAGUUGUACCAUUAUUUGAAUCAUACAGUUCUAUUUGGAAGCGGAUACGUCGGCAGUUCCAGAGCGAAGAUGGAUAGGUUAUUGCGAGCGUUUCCGGAUUAGGCUUUGACUGGAGUAUGCCAGAAUCAUCUUGUGGUUUCUGUAGACAUAUAGGUAGACAGAUAGUUCGAGACAUGGUAGAAAUUCACGAGCGUCUACGCAUAAAGCGG